AUGGCCGGACCCACGGCAAGCGGCAGUCCGUUGGAUGCUAUGCUGACAGGAAUGGUCCAGCUGCAAAAUGUGGUUGCAGGACUUGCUGCCAGCAAGUCGCCCGCCGCCGCGGCGAGCCAUGGGACCGUUGAGGUGGUCAGACCGGGAGUGACGGAACUCGUCAAACUCCCUCAACCGACGUUGGAGGGAGCACUGGGCUUCUCAGACUGGGUCCAUUCGGUAGGACCAUCAAUGCGGGAUCUAUCUGAUUCGUCAGGUGAGUGUUGGCAGCAGGUGUUGGGUGAGGCCCAAGCAUGGUACCACAAAGAGUUUGUCCCGUCGAGUCCCCUAGCACGGGUGAGGCUUAAGGUGCCUGAGUCGGUGGCUGACAAAGAGCCCCGAUGGACUCGAGUCCGUCACAGGAUGGAGCACCUGAUCAUCCAGUGUUGCCCUGACAGCGUGAAGGCAGAACUCUCUGCAGCCAGAAUCACUGGAGUUCUUCCAGUACUGUGUCGACUCCACGCCAUAUACAAACCGGGUGGUGUGGCGGAGCGGGCGGAGGCCUUGAGGCAGGUUCAGGCACCAAGAGCCGCCGAUUCGGCCAUUGAUGCUGUCCUCAAGUUGAGGAACUGGAAGAGGUGGAUGACUCGCCUCAGCGAUUUGGGGGGCACUCCACCGGAUGCUGCCGUGAGCGUGCAGGAGUACUUUGAGCACUUGUUGGCAGAGUUGGAGGGAGUAGCGCGUGUGGCUGAGGCGUCAGGUUCAGGACAACCCGGUGGCAAGCCCGACUCCGGAAAAGGAGUGCGCCAGGUGGAAGCUCGUAAGGGAUGCCGCCGCGGGAAGGACUGCAAGUUCCAACAUGACUGGAACAGCAUAUCCAAGUCGGAGCGUGCCGACCGUUGCAUGGCCUGCGGAGGACAGGGACACCGGAGGGAUGCGUGCACCGUUGUGCCCGGACAUGCCAAGCGAGAUGAUGGAGCUAGCUCGGCGAAGGCCCCUAGGUCAGACCCCAGCCCGAAGUCCAGAGGAGGGGAGCCGGGGCUGAAGAAGGUUCUUUCAGACGCCGCAGGUGUGUUGCGUGAAGCUCUUGCCACAGGUGGUACGCCAGGCGAGAAUGCACCAGCUGCAGCUGGACAGUCCCCACCCUCUCAGGUGACCCAGGAGAGCGCGUCAGCUAGGGAGCCCCCUACCAUGGCUACCGCAGCGAAAAUACAAGCACAGUUGGACGACUUGGAGGCGAAGGUGCUUGAUGGGAGGCCGCGCAUACGCGCCCUUACGUGCCGGCCUGACCCGGAGGAUGAGGAGACUGCCCUUCUAGACUCCGGUGCCACCCAUGCGGUGUUGGAUACGGAGUCAGUUCCUCAGCAUCCUCUUGUGCCUUGUGCAGUCUCCCUUGCGGGAGAUCAGAAGCAGGUGUGGCAUCAAACGCCGGGGGGCUCCUUGGUAGCCCCAGUGACCACUGAGGGUCACCUGCCGCAGACCAUAGUCCCGUUAGGAAGCCUAGUUGAGCAAUUGGGUUGUACGGUUCGAUGGUCAAAGAGGAGCGGGUUGAUUCUGUUGCAUCCUAGACUGGGUCGCCUUAGGACCAGCCUGAAGGGAGGGUGUCCCCAACUAAGCAAAGGCCAAGCCCUGCAGCUCAUCAAGGAGCUUGAGAGUGCGAGGCUGGGAGAGCUUGAUGGACGCCUUCAGAAGGUCAAGGCUCAGCUUGGUGUUGGCCCGGUAGGCAGUUUGCAAGAAGCUCUCGAUGCUUUUGUUGAGACAGGCACUUACCAGGCUGCGUUGGGGUUGAUACGGGCUCUCCCGUUUCUGCAAGGAGUCCCAGAGAAGCUAUCAGCGCGUCUAGCCGUGGAUUUCUCCGGAAUGACAGGUUGGGACCUCUUGAAGGGGCUCCCGUGCAAUCGCCAGACCAGAAAGAGGUUGCAUCAAUCCCAAUCCUGGGUCGUGCGGUUUGGAGCCGACAGCGCCGAUCCGGUGCUGCGUCAGCAGUGUGUGAGCAGGGGUAUUGAGCUGCUCGAGUUGAAUGCUGGAGCUGGGGAAACCUUGAGUGAGGACGUAUGGAAGGCUCUGGUUUGGGCAGCUUUCACGGGUCGUCUGUCGGGCAUUCUUGCGGAAGCCCCCAUGCGAACCUGGAAUCGUGUUCAGGUUUCCAGCACUGACCAUGUUGAGCUCAGGUCAAGCACUUUCCCGUGGGGAGUUCCCACCAACAAUGCUAGUAUGCAGAGUCGUGUCGAUGAUGACACUGUGGCAGCGUUGCAGCCUAUGUGGCUGUGGGUGUUGAGUUCCAUGGCUAAGGGUGAAGGUGUUCCAAUAUGUCAGGCUCAGUCACUUCCGUUACGAGGAGCUGCGAACAGUUGGUUGGAGACCGUGGUAACGCCGUUUGCAAGGUUGAGCAACUGCUCCCAGUUCGUCGUGCCAAGUUGUGAGCAAGAGGGAUUCCAAACCAAGCCCGUUGGGGUUUGCUCCAACCUGAAGCUAAAUCAUGGCUCAAGCACGGGCCAAGUGGUGAAGUUGAAUAGGGAUGACCUUCCGUGCAGGCCAUCAUGGCCUUCUCACUUCCGCCGAGAAGUAAGCUUAGCGCUGUUCGGUUUUUCGGACUCUCCAAUGGAGCCAGCACGCGCGGAGGCAGUACGGGCCGUAGGUGACCCAGAGGAAUCGGAAGUUGAGGUUGAUGAUGGAGCCACCUCUUCAGGAGAGGAGGAGGAGCCAAGGCCCGAGGCAGGAGGUGUGCCGCCGCCAGGCGAAGGGGCCGAGGCUUCAGGUGGGCCCAGUGGACCGCACGAGCGCGAUCCAAGCAAGCUCAAGCUCAACGAGAAAGAUCGUGAGCGCUGGAGACGACAUGUGGCAGCCCACCAUCUCCCGUUCCGCAAGGACUGCCUUCAGUGCGUUAUGAGUGGAGCCCUGGGCUUACAGCACAGACGGGUGAAGUGCCCGAACAUGUUCGCCUUGAGUUUCGACCUCACAGGGCCCUUCAAGGAGCGUGGUUUAGAUGAUAGGGGUGGUGGGUAUAAGUAUGCUCUGGUUGCAGGCUUGCGUGUGCCUGAAAUGGCAUUGCCAGUAGCCCCACCCAUAGCAUCGACCAAGGAGGCUCCCGGACCUGAACCCCAAGAUGCAAAGGCAGGAGGUUCCCCGUGUGAAGGAGAGGAGCCCGAGGCGCCAGAGAUCGAAUGGUCAGGCUUUGAGGCGGAUUGGCUGCAGCUUGAGGAAGAUCAAGCAGGUGACCAAGGGUUUGGUGUGUUCGGGAGCCAGGAUAGUGAUCUGUUUGAGGCAGAGCCAAUUGAGGCAGGUCCUGAGGUUGCCAGUGCCAAUGGGAAGGUUCCUCAUGGGGCCUCCAGCCCGAAGCUGCCAGUUGACCCUGAACCGCCUAAUGCAGAGGAGAGUGAUGAUCCUUGGGAGGACAAGCUCGGAAUUGCAGCGCUCUCGGAUAAGGAUUUCGAUGAAGCCAUCUCCUCCAAACAGUUUCUAGGUGCAAAUCAGGUCCUGAGGUUUGUGGUUCCUGUGAAGUCAAGACAAGGGCCCCAGAUUCUGGCAGCAUUGCAGGAAGUGAUUACAGAGUGCCAACGGUUGGGAUAUCCUGUGAAGGUUGCUCACACCGACCGUGCCAAAGAGCUGAUGUCCAAGGCCACCAUGGAAUGGCUACAGGACAAGCUCAUCCAACCUUCGUUCACCCAGGGUGACGAUCCUAAGGCCAAUGGCCUAGCAGAAAGGUGGGAGCACGCGUUGUACCUGCAUCCGGCAGCGCGCACAGAAGGAGGCCACCUGCUAUUGAGAGCAGCCUCCAAUGCUCACCUUGUGGCGAAGAAUGUGAGACAGCUUAGUGAGUUGUUUGACCCGGAGGAGGAGUUCGGCGGUGAGCCCCUAGAAGCUGAGGUCGAGCACAUUCCUUCGGAGGGAGGUGAAUUGAAGGCCCCUACCCGACGUGUGGUCGGAAAGAAGUCGGUGCGAGCCGUGCAGCUCGAGUCCGAGGCUUUGGCGGAAAGGCUGCAUAGGGCAGGUUCCUUUACAGCAGAUGAUUGCUCCAAUUUGUUGAGCGUUGCAUUUGGGAGCGUGAAUGCAUCCUCCAAGCGAUUGCACAGGGGGCACGUUGACUUCUCCGUAAUUCUCGGAGCCUAUGCACAUGGAGGCCUCAAGGGAGUGACGCGUGCAAGUCAGGUUCACCCACAGCUGUGUAACUACCUGAAUGCCUACUUGAGGCACAAUGGGAAAGCUGCCCCAGGUCAAGGAUGGACCGCACUUACUGUGAUGGCGGCCGGUAUAGCAUCGCAGUGCACAGGGUAUGCACGCAUGAGCGGACCAGAAUGGGAAGAGCUGUGCCAACUUGAUGAGGACCAGUUUGAGAGUCGUUUCGAGCGUUGGCAAAGGGUUCUGGGAGGCAAUGACGAAGACCCCGAGAUGAGCCCUCUCUCGGCGAACAUUCCCCAUGGGUUGCUGAUUGCUACAGUUAUGGAGCGACGGGAUUGGGACCAAGACCCACUUCUGUCAGUCAGGAGUGAUGAUGGAAGUGACGUUCCGGUGGCAAGAGUGUACCAGUUCUCUGAUGAUGCUUACGUUGACGACUUGCCAUUCCCCGACAGGAUGUUGAUGUUUUCCAUCCAUGAUUACGUUCGGGAUGUGUUUGAGAUGGUGAUCUUGCGGGUUCAGAUGAUAGAGGAUCCAGGUCAACCAGCUGAGGAGGAGCCGGUGCUGCCCAGGUUGGAAGUACCAGGCCCUCCACCACCUGAGAUUCGAGCUGUUAGGACUGUGCCUGAAUCACAGCACCGGGAUUCCAACAACGUCCUCCCAUUCCCUGUGCCCAAUCCAACCUUCAUUAAGGUUUUAGGCAUAGGACCUGCUGACAGUACCGUGCAAGUAGAGGCCAGCGUGAGCAAAGCCGAGGCAUCAACCACCAAGGGCUUGGAGUCCUUGCUAGAUGGACUACGGGAACCACUUAGCGUGACGCACACUGCGUCACAAGAAGAGGUCCGUGCCAAUCUGGAUAAGUGGAAGUCCGCCAUUGAGCGGGAACUCCGCUCGUUGAAGGACCCGGGUGUCCUAGUGAGCCAUAAGGGAAGAGAGGCCAAGGAGAGACUCUCCGAUCCCCAGACGACGGUGAUCUCCUUGAAGGGGGUCUUUACCACGAAACCCCCAGGAGGGCCCAACGAUGGGCUAUACCGCAGAAAAUGCCGCUUGGUUGGAUGCGGCAACCAGGCCCAACACGUUGACGCAGAUUCCCUGUAUGCUGCAGGGGCUCCUGCAGAAGCAGUGCGAGGGGCGUUGGUAGAAGGAUGCCUGAAUGGUUGGGCAGCUUUUGUGACCGACAUCAAGUCGGCGUUCACCAGGACGCCAAUCCCGGAGUAUGCAGCGAGACGAUACUUGUUGAGGCCGCCGAAAUGGCUGAUAGAGCUUGGUUUGGCGGAACCGGGGGAGUACUACUCCUUAGGCAAGGUUCUCUACGGCUUCAAGGAGGCCCCAGCCUGGUGGUCUGAGUAUAGAGAUGAGACCCUAUCGGGGGCCAAGUUUCUCGGGAUGCACUUGGAACAGGGGGAGGCAGACUCCUCGGUUUGGAGGAUCAUGAAGGGCGCCGAAAUAAAGGGCUACCUGGUCACCUAUGUCGAUGAUUUCCUGGUGCUGAGUGACAAGGCAACAGCAGAAGGUUUGCAUCAAUGGUUGUUGGACGGAGCGGGAUGGGAGACAGAUGGUCUCACUGAAGCCAAGCCUGACAAGCCUAUCAGGUUUCUUGGCAUGCAGUUGUGUUGCCACAGCGAUGGUCACUUCAGCUUGGACCAAGAGGCCUACGUUGAUGAGUUGAUCCGCUCCUACCAGCUGCCAGAAGGAUCGCGCUCAAAGAUCCCGUGCCCUAAAGAGUUGCUGAUGUGCGACACUGAAGAGGUGAAGGCCUUUGAUGAAGGUGUGAUUCGUGCUGCCCAACGCAUUGCUGGAGAAUGUUUGUGGCUUUCUCAGCGUUCACGGCCAGACAUCACCUUUACUACGGCAAUACUGUGCUCAAAGGUCUCGAAGGAUCCCCAUGGAGCAGUGGCAGUUGGGCAACGGUUGUUGUCCUACCUAUAUCACACCAAGGACUACAAGUUGCACUUGCGACCCGAUCCGUCGGCGCCGAUGCUACGGGUCUUUACAGAUGCCUCCUUCUCGCCCCAAGGCCAGCACUCCUACGGAGGCCACAUUGUCGAGUUUCGUGGCGUUCCCGUGCUUUGGAAGGCGUCAAGGCAAUCCCUGAUUGCGCUGAGUUCUUCUGAGUCAGAACUCAUCCAGGCCGUUGAGGGAUGCAUGUACACGGAGUCCUUUAUGACAGUCUUGUCGGACUUGGGACUGAAGUGUUCAACCGCUGAACUCCACCUUGACAACACCGCUUCGAUACAGUUCAUCAGCGGUUCUGGGAACCAGCGCACAAGGCACUUGAAGGUUCGUGGGUGCAAGAUCCGACAGUUGGUGCAGUCAGGCUGGAAGGUCAAGCAUUGCAAGGGUGAGUUUCAGAAGGCGGACCUGUUGACCAAACCGUUGCCUUCGCCCAGGUUGAGGUUUCUCUGUGAGUUGGUCAAUCUACGGGGAGAUGCAGAUCCAGAAGGGGCUAUCUCCUACGCCGCAAGGAAGGUCUCGAAGGUUCCUGCUACCUGUUUGAGUGGACUGCUUGCGCUUCUCCAGGCAUGGGGUUGUGAUGGAAGCCCGACAGAGGAGGAGUCGAAACCAGGUGUAGCCAUUGAGUGGCCCUGGGAGCUGGCGUUGCUGACAGUGUUGAUUGUGCUUUCAACACUUUUCGUUUGGGAGGCCAGUGGAGCUCCGUGCCGAAGAAGAAGCGUAACCGAGGUCCCACAAGUGCGGGCAGUGAACGCACAGUCUCAUGAGAAGACGCAACGAAAGGCCAAGAAGCUCCAGGAGAGAGUUGCAGCGGCCAUCUCUAGCGCUGCCAGUGAGAGUCCAGCAAGCGAAGCACAAACGCCGGUUGCCCGUCGAGGGCGCAACAAGUGUCCGUCUGGAGAAGGUGUUUUGCGUGAGCAUGGGCCUACUGUGGUCUAUGGUGGAAUCAACAUGACAGUCCCGCCUCAAGGACAAGUAGCCUGUGCUGGGAUUCCGGUUCCCACAGCCUCUUCUUGCGAGAUGAGGCAGCCUAUCUUCCUCGCGCCUUCCACUGGUUCCGAACACCAGUACGCCCGUAUCUACCGCAGACUAAGGGUGUUCCGCCCGCCGCCUGGGCUGGAGGAGACCUUGCCUCCAAUUUCUUUGCUGAAGGGAGAGUGGGGGCUACAGGCCCAAUCCUAUCUUGAGCGCUGCCACGCAGCCGGGUCAAUGGCGAGUGGACGAGCAUUGCUGUCGAUGCUGAGUGGAGGUAUCGAGUCGACCAUUUUCGCGGUCGAGCGGGGCCUUGCCGUCUGUGGCACGCCGGCGGCCACUGACACGGCGCAUUGCGUCCGCUUCUUCAACAACACCGAGUUCAGCUUGGUAACAGGUGGCAACUACCAUGUCGUGGUUUGGCAGUUCGACCUGGCAAACAAGAAGCUCCGACCUACCUCGGCCAACCUUGGGCAGAUGAAGCGCAUCACGACCAACGUGCUGGUGGAUCAUGAGGACAAAUUUGUCUACUGUGGGACCACCACGGGGGACUUGCUGCAGGUGGAGCUCUCCCAUGCCCUCUUCAAGCAGUACACGCCCCGUGGCGGACCCGGCAAGGCCUUUGCGCUGGGCAUCACCACGUCGGCGCUGUUGCCGGACGGAGACAUCGUCAUCGGCACCGGCAAUGGAAGCCUCGCGCGGAUAGCGGCGGACACGCUGCGCGUGAAGCAGCAGUGCCAGGUGUUGGGAGGAGUGACCUCGCUGGCACUCACGGAGGACGGCACGCACUUCUUCUGUGGCACAACCCUCUCCAACAUCUACUGGGUCGACAUGGAUACACUCACAGCAGAGCUCCGCAACACCUGCCACCAUGAGCGCAUCAAUCAGAUCGCGUUCCCGGCGGACUACUCCGAGGUCUUCGCCACCUGCUCGGUGACGGACAUCCGUGUUUGGAAUGCAGUGACGCGGCAGGAGCUCUUGCGCAUCCAGGUACCAAACAUGGAAUGCUUCUGUAUCGACUUCAUGAGGGAUGGGAAGUCCGUCAUCUCUGGAUGGUCGGACGGCAAGGUGCGUGCCUUCCUUCCCCAGAGCGGCAAGCUCCUCUACGCCAUCAACGACGCGCACAAGCCACUGAGCGCAGUCAGGGAGAGUUAUCUCCGCAGCAUCCCGAAGGGUGCAGACAGGGCUGGGUCGACUGGCACGUACGACAGGGCAGGCCACGUCUGGAAGCAGAGGAGGAGGGAAGGGGAGGAUGGGUGGGUGGUUUUGCCACUAUUCCCCUGGCCGCCGCAGCACGGCAUCAUGAACCACGCAAAGCAUGUGAUCCCUGUCCUGCGCCGCAAUGAUCCGGAGCUGGCCGGUUUCUUGACAGAAGCGGAGUGGUCUCAAUUGGAAGCUGUGAAGAUUGGCACAGGGCUCAUGCCGACAGUCGAGUGCUGUCCCAACCCAGGUCCCAGGUGUCCCCAAUUUUGCAAUUUCUCGAGCCCCAAGAGGGACUUGAAGUUCAUUGCGGAGCACCAAGACAAACUACAGGGCAAAUACGACGCUCGUGUUGAGUUCGCCACCACUCGCGGUGGCACUUGUGCUUGCAGCAAGUGCGUCUUUGCCGCGGAUAUCACCAUUAACAACAGCACUCGGAACCCCGACUUCCGGCAGACGCAUGACUGGCUCAGCUCGGACCGCAAUCGCAUCCUGGUCCAGUUCCCUGACAUCUUGACAUGA